AUGGAGCUGCGCCUCGUGGAACAGACCAGCCCGGCGGCCACGCCACCGAUCCGCAAGGCGCGCCGAAGGUCGCUCGGCGGCCGCGUUGAGAAGCCCGCGCCGCCGGAGGUGCCCGUUACGGGUCCCGUCGAGUGCGACCGGUACUACACACUGGUGGCCAGGAGCGAGGAGCUGGUCGGGGACGGCGAGCUGCGCGUGCGGCACGCGAGCGAAGUGGACCCCGACGCCGAACAGCAGAAGCUGACGUCAGCAACGGGCAACGGAGCCCCGCCCAAGAAGCCGGCGAGGAACAACAACCACAGCAACACGAAGAAGAAGAAGGUCGAUUCGGCGGCUUCGUCGUCGGGCGACGAGGAGGAAGAAGAGCUCCAGGUCAUCGAGGAAGACGAUGAAGCGGAGGAAGAGGGUAAAAAGGACGAACAACCGAGCGGCAAGCCCAAUGUCCACUUCGUCUGGCAGCUCAGGAGCAGCCCCGACGAAAGUGAGAGCGAAAGCGAAGGCGAUAGUGGUAACCAAUUCAAGGACAAGAGGCCAGCGCCGGAGCCACUCCCGAUCAACGCCGCGAAGCUGCAGCUGCUCUCGCACGACCCGGCCAACGGGGAGGCCCGCUUCGAGCUCAAGAUCUCGUCCGCGCACUUUGGCAAAGCCUCCUCUCCGUCGGCCCUCACGCACGUCGCCUUGGAGGCCUCCGCCUGCAAGGACCAGCCGCCACUGCGGUUCCAGUCACCCCCGGCCCGGACCACCGCCAUCACCGGACCCCGGCAGGCCGACGCCCUGCUCCCGCUGGCCGUCAAGACCAGGCCCACCACCGCCGAUGCGGGCCGUGCGCCAUCGCCGCGGCAGCCGCCUCCCACCGAACUGGGCGCAGAGACCAGCGGUGGGCCAGCGGAAGACGUCGCUGCAUCGUCUGCGGCCACUUCGGGCUCGAUGCCCUCGCUGCUGCCCGGCGUGCUGCCUCCCCUGCACAGCGUGCCCCUCCCGCUGGGGCCCUUCCCAAUCCCUCCACACCCGGCGGAGACCAACGGCGCCGGGCAGUCUGCGACCCCUGCGACGAGCGGCGGCGACAUGUGGGCCGACUUCGCGUCGACGGUGAAGGCCGCCACGCUGAAGAGCCUCCAAAAAGGCAAGGACGUGCCGGAGACCAAGGACCAGACGACGGUGUUGCCCAUGACCGAUGCCACUCCCUCGCCAUCUUCGCCCAGUCUCCGCAGGAGCAAGCGCAAGAGCCGCCGAGAGGACGAGGUCGGCAUCGAGCCCGACAAGGCCAGCAGCUCGGCCACCGAGAGCGCGGCGACAGGGAAGGAGACUUCCGCCGCCCCUGCCGCCGCCGUGAGGGGGCAGCAGGCGCUCAUCCCGAGGGACCUGAGGCAACAAGGCGUGCAGCCGAUCCAGCAGCAGCCGCCGCCGCCGCCUACGCAGGAGGGCCUGCGCAAGUGGUACGACGAGCAGAACGUGCGGACGCGAUCGUCCGAGAUUCUGCAGUUCCUCAUCCAGGCCCAAAAGCGCAUCGACCCCAAGUUCGUCGAACGCUUCAGCGCGCUGCACACCAAGCUCUUCCCGGUGUUCGAGCAGUUCGCUCACCCCGACACGCAGCACACGCUGAUCCUGAUCCUCCUGCACGCCUUGACCCUCACGGGCUAUUGCGUGGACUUGAUCCGCUUCUGCUACUGGGUGAAGGAGUUCUCCUCGCUGGCGGUCGACAGGGUCAUUGAGCAGGCGACCGAGCUCAGCGCCGAACUGGUCCAGUUGCAGUUCCAGAAGGAGGUCGAGGAGAAGCUCCACGGAUGUCUGACCACCCUUCUCGAAACGCUCACCGCGCUCUCGGAGAUCAUCAGCGGGCCAGUGUACGAGAGCUACCAGCCCGAGAAGGAGCCCGUGGAGAAGACCAGUAAGGGCAAGAAGUUCAUUUCGCUGGCCAAGGGCAACGCCGUGCCCUGGAUCAAGGAGUGGCUCAAGUCCUCGUACGCCGAGGUGCAGGGCCAGUCCGUGGCGAAGAAGAUGGUCUACAAGGACUACCUGGCCUACUGCAACCGUGUGGGCAUCGAGCCCACCACGAGCAGCGUGCUGGGCAAGAUCUUCCGCGAGGUCUUCCCCUUCGUCAACACCAGGCGGCUCGGUUCCCGCAACAACAACAUCACCUACUACUCCAACAUCGGACCCACCUCAAGCCUCCUGGCCCACUCCACCUCCUCGGCGCAGGCCGUCGCCGCGUCGUCGUCAUCGUUGGCGCCAUCGUCGCCGACGGGCCAGACCGCCCCGCACCCGGCCUCGCCGCCGGCGGUCACGCCUUCAUCAACGCGCGUCGGGUCGCGCUCGCGCUCAGCGUCGCUCAACGCACGCAACCCCUCGCCGCCCUCCUCCGCCUCGCAUACCAAUACCAGCAGCAGCAGCAACGGCGACAGUGCGUCGUCGUCUUCCUCCGCCUCGAAGCCCACAUUCCACAUGGGCUCGUUCCGAUCCUCCUCCCCCACGUCCUCCUUCUCGUACUACCCCUCGGCCUCGUACUACUCUGCCGCCUCGUCCGCAUCGUCGUCUUCCGGUCCGCGUUCGUCGUCGGCCUCUUCGACCAUGCCGUCGGGCUCCUCUUCCUCGUCAUCCGGCAGCGGCCUGAAGCGAUCGACGGCUGCCCUGCCCGCAGCGUCAUCGUUCGCGUCGGCGCCCAUCCGCCCGAGCUCGCCCACCCCGACCUCGGCAUUCCUCCCCGGUCAGCCGACCGCCACGGCCGAGCUCGGCGCCGGCCCCUCGGCCUAUCCGGGCGGCUACCCGUCGACGCUCGCUUCGUCGGGCUCCUCGCAGCCACCCGCCGCCUCCGCUCUCCCGCACUACUUCACCCUUCCACCCAUCCCCAACCCGGCGGCGGGCUCUUCUACGGCCCCGUCUGCCCAGUCUCAAUCCUCCGCCGCGUCGGCCGCCCAGUCUUCCCAGGCGGCCGCCGCCGCCGCUGCCGGCUACAACCCGGCCAUGUUCCUCCCGCACGCCGCCGCGCUGUCGGCGAUCCUGACCUCGUUCCCGCACCUGCUCUCCUACGGUUUGCCGGCGUACCCGCCGCCGCCCAGCGCUGGCGGCCUGCCUCCGGGCUACCCGGCCUAUCCCGGCUAUCCGCCCUAUCCCUACCCGUACCCCUACCCGGCGCCCGACCAGCCCCAUCCGAGCGCCGAAGCCGCGGCCGCCGCCAUGGCGCAGCUGCCCAUCGACCCGGCCCUGCUGGCGCAGCUGGCGGCCAACAACCCGAUGGCGUUCGUGAAGCGAGAGCUGCGCGACGAGGAGCAGCACGUCAAGGAGGUCGAGGUGCAGGAGCACGCGAUGGCCCUGGACUCGGCUCGGAGGCGGAGAGACCGCGACGAGAGGGACGAGGCCUCCUCCGGUGGCGGCGGGCGAACGCCCUCGCCGAGGACCGGUCGGAGGCACAGGGCCUCGGCGCGACAAGAGUCCGAAGACGAGUCCCCGUCGAGCGAGAGCGCCGAGGAGCCCACCCGCAGCAAGCGCCAGCGAAGAACCACCAAGCCAAGGAACUAA